GCCACACGGAAGAAAAGGUUCCAGCUAGCUAGAAACACACAGUGAUGUCAAAUGUUGUAGUCCGUCGCUCCUUUUUGCAUUUUUUAUCAAACCUAUCAGUCGAAAAACCCUUUUAAUUGCAUUUCUGCAGAAUAUAUCGCUUUGCAUGAGUUAAUAUGGCGACGUGCGUUCCCUUUCAAACGCAGUUGUCGUCAAUCAUGGAGGUUUUGGUGAAGGCAGCAGUGGCAGAGAUAUCCAAACUGGUCGAUGACAAAUGUGCGUUUUUGCAUCUGGAAAUCUCCAGAAAGCAGAGCGAGAAUGAGAUGCUGAAGCGGAAACUGUUAAUGAUGGAGAAUAAAAACGCCCAGCUGCAGAGGGGGUUUGGUGAGACUCUCCACUGUCUGGUUUUGGCUCAUAAUUAAAGAGUGCUGUUAAUUGUUGUUAUGAUUGUAGAGGGAGCAUGUAUUUACUUACAAUCACAGAGCUCUAUUGAUGCUUCUUAAAGAUAAUAGUGUGCAUUCAUAUUCAUUUUUCACCCUUAACCUUCUAAUAUGAUCAAUAAUGUUGAAUUAUUCUUACAGCUGCUUUAAAAUCCACUUUUUUCUGUAUCAGAAAACUACAUGGACCGAGGGACUGAUGUUGGAGGAAAUUGUCCACAUCCCACAGGAGACAUGAAGGUCUGUGUGCUUUUUGUGAUCAUUAUUCCUCAGAGUCAUACUGCUUAUUUAAUAUAUACCUGAUUUAAGACAAUAGACUCCAGGUUAUAGAUCACCUGGGGUCCAGCUUGACUGGGUUCACUAGAACAUGGUGUUUUUGCAGAGUGUAAAAGACUGAGACCAGAGGGUAAGUUGAGCCACCCCGUUUCUUGGAAAUUGUAAAAGAAAUUGAUCAUGUGACCAAAUAUUUAGGAGAUGGGCAUCAAUUCAUGGAGUCUAUGAAGGUUAGAAGCACAUGGGUGAAGAGGUUAGACAUUUAUUUACAAAAAAAGAAAAGUCAUUUUUUACUCUUGAAAGUGAAUUUAGUCAUAAGUUUAAUUAGAAUUGUGUUCAGACCAAUAAAGAUCAUUUUAAAUGUGUUUUAUACAUCAAUUGAUUAUACAAAAAGUGAAGAAGUGACUGUUAUUUAGGGAGAGGGAAGUUGACCGUAAGAGACCGCUUUUUUGAGUUAGAGACAAAACUAUGACUGACUUGAUGUAGUGAUCUGAAAUAUGAAAAAUGGCUCAUCCUACCCCGCUCUCCCCUACCUGAUUUAAGACAAUAGACCCGGCGCCAUCCUCCCGUUGGUGUUGACACUUUCGUAGCGCAUUCAUCCAUCACCUAUACUGUUGAUGCCAUCUGGGGUUGCAGCUGUCACUGAGCAGGGCACCCUUAACAAGUUGACAUUAAUAACAUAAAACUAGAGUUAACUACUGUUAGGCCUGCUGACUGUAAUCACAUUAAAUCAAUUAAACAUUGUCCAUAAUUACUCAUAUCCUUACCCUGUAAACUGAAUUCAUUUAGUUUUACUAUUACAUGAGCUGUUGUUGUUGCUGCUGUCCCCUGUCUCUCUCCCUCCCUCUCCCUUACCUUUUCUCUCUCUCCUUGCCUCUAUCUUGUCUCUCUCUCUCUCUCCCUCUUUCUCCUCCUCUCUCUUUAUUCCUCCCCAACCCAGCAGCGGCCUGGUGGCUGUCUAGCAUGAGUCUUAGGUUGGGUCUUGAUAAUUCAUCAAACAGUGAGCGUGGUCUAGACCUGCUCUUUUUUUUGGAAAGCGUCUUGGGAUGACGACUGUUGUGAAUCAGCACUAUAUGAAUGAAAUUUGAUUUGAUUGAAGUUGCAAGGCUAUCACAGGGCUGGCAUAAAGAAAACAACACACACACACACUCACUCCUAUGAGUUCCUGUUUGGACUAUGGGAGGGAGCCGUAGGACCCAGAGUAGAUCUAAAGAGAACCCUGUUUUCUUGGUACCACUUUCUGUCUCUAUGCUUUGCUUAAAUGCAUUUAAUUGAAGUGAAACAUUCAACAUUAUUUACCAAACUUCUGCAUUUUCUCUCUCUAGUUCCCCGAGAUUACAGAUGCCACCGUUUCAUUCACUAUCAAAGAGGAGAGUCCAGAUGAGACGCUGUGGAUCUCUGAUCCCGCUGGACCCAUCGGUAAGGCAAAAACCGAGAUGUUUCUCAAAGAAUUAUCUGAAAAAGAGUUAACACUAACAACAUGUCGCCACUUGUCACUCCCAGGUCCUGAUGUUCAAUAUUCUAACCCAGCCAAUGCUCCAGAGGGCCAGCAGAUAGAAAACGACCGACAGCUACACCCUUCAGAGGUCACCAGGCAGAAAACGUCUGGGUUCAGUGAGUUGUACAACUCUGGUCAGCUUGCAGAAGACAUCAGUGACCUCCAGUUCACUGUCAAGAUGGAGAAGGAGGAGAACCCGUCAGGAUUCAGUCAGGAUAGAUGCCAGCACAGUGCAGGAAAGCAGGCUCAGAUUUCUGCUGACUUUUCGCUGGACGAGCGAGAGAAUCAGCUCUGGUCGUCCAUAAUUGAAGGUGAGGACAUCGACACAGGUUUUCCUGACUUUUCCAGCGUGGUGGAGGAGUAUUCCCAAACGUUUCAGGACCAUUCUGAUGCUCAUGUGGGUUCAAACUCCAGCAAGUCCGCUGGAGUGCAGCAGAUGUCCUCUCAGAGGCCGUGUAAUGGGAUCUAUAACAGUGACGUUCCUCAGUCAUCCGGUUUUCAGGGCACUGUGACGCAGAAGGAACAGAUUUAUUCACAGAGAAACCCCACUCAUGCUGCCCAUCUGAGGCAGCCGGGUGAAAACUCGGCUGGAGAUAGACCGGCUGUCGCUCCCUCGCACAGCACUUUCACAUCAGGCAGUUUCUCCCAUCAUGCCCCGCACAGACCUUUCUCCAGCACGGCCCGGAGUUACGUUUGCUCGCAGUGCGGGAAGUCUUUCAGCCGCCUGCACCAGUUCAAGCUCCACCAGCAAAGCCACAAGAGGAAGCGUGCGUUCUGGUGCACAGUUUGCGGCAAGAACUUCCAGUGCUCCUCCCACCUCAGCAUACACCACCGCACGCACACGGGCGAGAAGCCGUUCGGCUGCGGACAGUGCGGAAAGAGAUUCACGCAGCAGAGCAGUCUGAGGGUCCACCAGCGCACGCACAGCGGAGAGAGACCGUACAGCUGCUCUCUGUGCGGGAAAACCUUCAUCAUGAUGCACCACCUGAAGCGGCACCGAAUUAUCCACACGUACAGCUGAGGGGGAGGCGUCUGAAAGGAAACUGCUCAGGUGAAAAGACACAAACCAAACAAGAGAGGCGCUGAGAUGCAGCUGUCUGUGGACCUACCCAUGAGGCAUUUCUCACAGACUUUGUAAAUUAACGCAUAUUUUACUAUGCAAACUCCACCUGGACGGAUUUUAAGAUGCUUUUCUCUUUUUUAAAAACUUAUUUAAACUCAACUGACUUGCACCCACAAACAGAGUUCACAUACUACAGUGUUUUUCAAGCUAGAAAUCCAAAAGAACAAGGUCUCAAAUGUGGAGUCAUAUAAAAAACCAUCCUGCAGAUUCUCUCCUGGUCUUACCUGCAUACUGAACUUCACUUAGACAUACAUUUGGUUUGAGCUUCUCGUAGAAAUCUGCCUUACUUUAUCUCAGCACUGAAACUGUAGAAGCACAAGAUGCUCAUUAGCUCCCAUCAACUUUCCCCUUUGUAUUCAGAACCAGCAAAGCACCUCUCAGGUCUAAACUAGGUGUCAAAGUGUAAAAAAAAAGCCUGAUUAUUGUUCUAAGCUUAAAUCUUUCCCUCAAAGUCAUUCAAUCUUUGUUAUGAUUUAUAAUAAACUUUCAUUUAAACUGUCAGUCUCAUUUUGCUUCAUUUACUCCAAGCAGCCUCUGCUGUUGGAAAAUAAAGUCAAUGAAAGCUGUUUAGAGCCGGUUUAGAAACUCCCAGUGUUGUAGGUUUCAUCCAUUAUGAUUGUCUAAGACCAACAGUCAGGCAUAAGGAGGUAAAAUUAGGGGCAGGGCUAAAACCAAGAACAAAACUUAACAUCAUAAAGCUGAUAAAAUUAGACCUAAGGGAGACACAAGAGAGGGGGGUGGGGGGUUUAGGGAGAAUGGGGAGGGAGGGUCUGAUUAAAAUAAAGAGACACAAGUUCAC